AUGAGCGACAGCGAGAUGACCGACCUAGCGGACCAAGUCAACGAUAUCGAGGUCCCGCUAACCGCUCAAAGCAAGACACAGCGCAAACGGCAAGAUGAAGUUACGAGCCUUCUCGGUACUGACAUGGCAGGUCUAGCAGAGGAGUUCAUGUACAUCGCAACAGUCAGCCACCCUUCUCCGUCCUCCGAAUUACAUGACCACCAAGAUCUAGACUCCUCAUCUGCUCCGCUCUCACCCCUAGCCAUCGAUCAGUGGAUUAGCGAGUCCGAAGAUGACGCGCGAACGCCGGAGGAGGACAACGCUUCGCUAGAGAGAGCUCUGCGGGAAUUAGAAGAGAAGCGAGCUAAGUCGCGACCCAAGGCACCGAAAAAGCGUAACUAUGGUCGAAUUGGUCGGAGCGGUAGAGUCACCAAGCUCGCAAUUCGAGGGUGCACACGGAGACUCGCAACUAUGGUCGAAUUGGUAGCAACAGUGGAAUUGUAA